UUACAACCUACCGCCAAGCCAAGCCCAGCCCAUCAUACACAGUCUGGAGUCUGGACCUCACACUGCCUUCCACGAAAGAGUUCCUUAGAAGCUCCAGGACAACAGCAGCAGCAGCCCCGCCUGACCCAGCUGGAUCAUUGUACGCCGGCUGCACCCUGGUGCGUUUUUUCUUUGCAGGAGACAGGAGCCUCACCGAGAGCUCCGCACACCGGUUCCCAAGCUGUCUCUUCGGCUGCUUCCCGCGCUUAUUAUGGACAAUGACGAGGACGAUGAUGGGAACUUCACCAAGUGGAUGAGCAGCUACUGGGGGCACGGGGUAGGGGAGGAGCACGCCAAAGAUAGGAAGAGAAGUUUUAGAAGGCCCUCACGCAACAAAGCUGACCGCCGUGCCUCUUUGCCCUGCAUGUCUCAGCUAGAAGCCAUGCAGGCGAAUCAUUUCCAUGCUAACACCAUGGCCCCUGGCCCUGUCCACCUGAAGGGCCGUGAGGAGAAGGAGGUGCACUCUCAUCCUCGUGCCCGCCGUAUGUCUUCAGACGAAAACAGCCGAACCAAAGUGGUGGGACCUGAAUGUCACAUCAGCACCAUUCCAGAGCUCACUGAGUGCUUAGAGAAGAGGCUGCGUUUCAAUAACCAGAAGGGUGAUGCAGAUAGCAUAUGUCUUAUUUGCCAUGAAGAACUAUGGAAUGGAAGGGGUGGCAUCCAAGAACUUCACUGUGGCCAUCAUUUUCAUAAAGAGUGCAUUGAGAAAUGGCUUUGGCAGAAACAGUCCUGUCCCUCCUGUCGAGUUCAUGUGACCAUGCCUGAGCCCCUCUACUGGUCCUCUGCUCGUGUCCAGUUUCCCUGACAAUGUCCAUUUUUCAUCACUGCACGAUAUUUCCAUGUCUGCUUGUAGCCUGUGACCCUGGACACUGAUUCAGUGUGUUUAUAUGUGAAUAAAAAGAAUUUAUAAAAAAGACCAUCAUCUCGAGAUGGAGGCGAGUAUGUGUGUAGCAGUCCUGCAUGAUUAUAUGGUCUUUUGCUUGCACACGCUGCCUAGGAAAAGACCGUUUUGAAUGUGCAUCCUUUAUAUGAAUCUCAAGAGCUUUGUCUUUAUUUGUUCGUGACCCUCCUUUUCCAUCUUUCUUGCUUAUUUUCCUCUGUGGUGCAUGAGGACAGGAAGUUUGGAUAGGCUGAAAACCGUGCAUGCAAAGUGUCUGACCACAGAGCCUUUUUGUUUUCUCUUUGUCCAUAUCUCAUGUAUUGCACAAUGCACAUCUGAAUUACCCAUUAACGUACACAUGCCAAAUUCAAAGGCAGAGAAUUUUAGACUCUGUCCAACAUAUUGUGAUUUUCUAAUAAUCAGAAAUGUAAGUUUCAAAGAUGUAUGUUGUUUGUACUAAAGUCAUACUUUUAAUGAAAUAUUAACAUAUUAAGAAAUACCUAGCCUGUUGUUGUAAAGUUUUUAUAUAGUGCUGUUA